UCCGGCCUCCUCUUUUCUUCCCGAAUGUCGCGCCUUCUCUUUCGGAUCUAGUUUCGCCCGGGGGAGUUCCUCAGGACGUUUUCACUCCCGGAAGGGGGAUUUUCGGCGCGAUCCACCGGGUCCGUGGAUUCGGGGGAACGAUGUGAUUCAAAGGACCGGAAGGACAACAAUCAGAGGAGGAUGUCUCCCGGAGCAAGGAGCACGGACAUCGUCCUGGCCAUCAUGGUACUGUCGACGAUUUGCACAAUGUGUACAACUGGCACGAUGCUCUGCGACGAAGCCAAAUGGAGGUGCGCCUUUCGAAAGGGUUGCGGAACUGCCCUAGAACAAUACCUUUCAGGGUGCAACUCCGUUCUCCAGGGGAACAUCUCCGAAUGCCCUCAGUUCUGUCAGGACGCCCUGGUCGCCUUGACCAGUUCGGACGAGGGCAAGGAACUGAUGACCUGUAACUGCGCUCGCAAUGACUUCUUAUGUCUACAAUCGAAGCAGAGGGUGGAAGUCUGCAGGCCGUCGGUGACGUUGAUGAUGAACAAGACGCGAGUCUCCUGCAGAGUCGCCACUUGGAUCUGCAACGCCGAUGCCCUGUGUUCCACUGCCCUGGCGUAUUAUAACGAGUUCUGCAGGAGCAUGUUCCACGGGAAAAAGUGUACCCCUAGGUGUCGUAACUCGAUCAAUAUCCUGCGGCGUCAAGAAAAGGCGGCUAAGCUGAACACCUGCAUCUGCGACGGUGCAGAAGAGUACGACUGCAAGGGGAUUCACCGCAACAUGAACCGGUUGUGCUCCGGCAAGACUCACAACGAGUACCACGAGGUGAAGAAGGUCAUAGGCGACACUAGGACCAACGAGAUCUUGAGGACGGACGUACGUGGUCACGGAAUUCAGGUUCUCGUCAAUAGGACGACCCUGGUCCUUGCCAUUUUUCUGCUUCUACUUACCACACAAGACUGACGAGCUACGUUAGCUGCCUAGAUCCAGAAACAGUAUUCCGCAUGUGUACAACUUAAUGCGCGCUCUCAGUUUCCUUUCUGCCAAAUGUUUCAGACUGACGAGCUAC